AUGGCGACAACACAGCGCCCUAGGCAGCUUACCGCAGUCGCAGCUUCUGCAACAACCACGGACACCGUGACUGAAACCAUCAGCGCCCAGAUAGUACAGAAGCUGCUCCUUGGAUCUCUGAGUUCGGUGGCCUUUCUCAGGGAUCUAUUUGACGACCAUGUCUUCGAGAACACCCACGUUGACUCCUUGCUGCCUUUCGGUGAUCAGUCUCGUCUUGUCACUGGACGAUCUCUUCAUAGGACCGGGAGUGCUGGAGCUGCCAUGAAUAUCAUCCAGCGCGGCCGUAGCGCUAACUCGGACACGCUACUAGACUGGCUUGAGAAAGGUGCUGCCGAUGCUAUCGUUCGGAAAGCCCUCCGAGCACUGCAACUCAACAUUUUUGAGGACCCUGAACAUCCCGAGCAUGUUCUUGAAUCUUACACCUUCACCUUCACGUACCGCAAGAAUGCGAGACACGGUGAUGUUACCCUCGGCUUCCAGGAUCCUAAGGGGGGUCGAAUGACACUUCAAGCGGCUCGUCAUUCAUUGCAUGCUUUCUUUCGACGAGUGGUUACUGUAUGCAAUGAUUUGCCUCCACUUCCUAGACGCCGAUAUCUCGCCAUGCAACUGUACUAUACCGAAGACUGUGACCCCAGCUAUCAACCAGCAGGCUUUGAACCAUACAGCAAUGAUAGCCUGUACUUUCCGUCGAACAAUGGCUGGAAGCGAACUUCCAUGUCCUUUGGCAAAUGCUACUCAGGCCAUCACGGGGUAAAUCUCAAUCUGUCCUACUCGUUUCCCGAUCCCUCUAGGAUGCAUAGCAAUGUUCAAGGGCGGGGGGACACCUUUAAGAUGCCAGAUAUCCCUGAGGGCCUGAAAUACGGCGACAAGGUAUCUAGCGAUAUGGAUAUCGACUUCGGCCACGAUGCCAUGGGAAGCCAGUCACAAAUGCAUACUGGCGAUCUUCAACGACAAAUUCCCAGCAACGUUGCAAUGCCACCACCCACUCAACAGCAACUGGGAGAGGGUGAUCACCUUCGGUACAAUGCCCAAGCUCAGUCGUCUCAGGCUUCACGAUACCCUGUUUCUACAGGAAAGAAAGCAAUCCAGCCUGAAAGCCAGAGUAAUACCCCCUAUCACCGUCCAAUCGAUGAUAUGGUCGUUCCGGCGUCUCAGCUGGAUGAAUUUACACCGACUCAAGAUACUGUGAAGAGGAUCGAAGUUGGCUUGGCCAAAGAAUUACAGGCAGCCGAGUCAGUGCACCUCGGAGGCGAUACUCAAGAGAUGGUGAUUGAUCCGUCAACUCAGAUCUCACGUCCGUCGGAAGGGCGUCUGAGACUGAUGUCUAGUAUCGUUGAAGACCUUCAAGGACUACAGCUAGGUCUGCAGGGUCGUUCGAUUCAAUGCGCCUUCUGCUACAAACAUCAGCACACCGAGUGUUAUGGCUUUCAUGGCACUAAUGACCCAAAGAUUCCAAACCCUCAUGCAUGCUACGAAUGUCUCCUAAGACAGAAGGAUCCCAGUCUUCUCAGCGAGAUCUGUAAUUUGGCUCUUCUUCGCAAAGCAGUCAAAGUCAUAGACACCGAAGGAUACCACACUCAGGCUUCUUUUUCCAGAACCCUCGAAUGCGAUCUCAGAACCGCUGCCUCGGCUUUCAACCAGCUUCGCGAAAAGGGAUUCAUUGUGAGCACAUCGGGCUCCAAGAGCAAAGGGUUCCCCAAGACUGGACUGUCCAAGUUUCAGAUCACCUCAGCCGAACACAAGCUGGCCUCCAUGCGAGCUGAGCUGUUCAACCCUGAAGUGAAGGUUGGCCAUCUGUUCGAGCCCGUUCCAGUCGCCGAGCACGAGGAGAUUAGUCAAUUCCCACGACCUCCAGAGCUCACACAGCCAGUGACUCCACAUGGGCAAGUGAUACCACCGUUUCUCGACCUGCCUCCUCGUUCGUCGGCUGUUUCUACCGGUGAAACGACCAUCACUGGAACUCUCAGCACGCCUGUCCACCGACCACAACAGAUGCCCGUGAUGCAGCAGUCACGGAAAGUGGUCUUCAAGUAUUCAAUUGGUUCGAAGAGGCUCAGGCAAGGUGGUACGGCGUCUGCGGGAGGACCAAACGUAGGACCCCCUAGGAAACGAAUGAGAACGAGAUCAAGCCGUACGGGAACAGCUCUCAAUGUUGGGUUUGGGACACCAACAUUGAAGACUCCCUAGGGGACGCUACUGCUGCGGCCUACGAACUGAAAUGGUUCACAAAGGUGGUAGAUCGGGAACUAGCUAAUAACGUUUUUUCCCGUCUUUGCGCAACUAAUAUGGAAAAUGAAAAAUGGCACAAGCAACGGCAGGUAUGGAGAAGUAUGGGUCAAGGG